UUUUUGUUCAGGCGAAUGGAAGUGGAGUUGUGUGAACUUUGUAGCUGAUGUUCUCGUGAAAUGGCCGGUGGAAAAGUAUGACUUUUAGGGUCGAAUCAAGGCAAACAUGCAAUGGAGGUCGAUAGUGUUGGGCUUGCUGGUGCUGAGGCUGACCCUAAGCUGCAUGAUGUGGUUGUCACCGAGUCUGAGUCCCAGUUCGGGCUUUUAUCACAACUUUCCUCUGGGUUUCAGUUUGGGCAUGCCGAGGGACAACAAGCAGCGCCAGGAUGACGGCCACCUCUCGACAAGCGAGCAGUCCUGCCGAACCAGCACGAGGGAAGGCAAAGCCGCGUACACCAGCUACUUCGAGGACAGCCAUGACGAGUACGCCAAGAAAUACAGUUCCUUUCCCGAGAACCUGAAGGCCAAGAUGAAAGACAUGGCUAAAGCGAUGUUUUACUUCGGCUACGACAACUACAUGAAGUACGCCUUUCCCGAGGAUGAGCUCAACCCCAUCGAUUGCGAAGGUAGAGGUCCAGACGCCAAAAAUCCGUCAAACAUUAAUAUUAAUGAUGUGCUGGGAAAUUAUUCAUUGACUCUAAUUGAUGCCCUUGACACACUUGUGGUCAUGGGUAAUAUUUCUGAAUUCCACAGGGCGGUGAAGUUGGUAAUUGACACGGUCUCUUUUGACAAGGACUCUACAGUUCAAGUUUUUGAAGCUAAUAUCAGGGUUUUGGGAAGUCUGAUCUCUGCACACAUUCUGUUGACUGACUCAAAACAUCCAUUUGGUAAUGUAGGACUAGAGAAUUAUGAUAACGAAUUGCUGCAUCUGGCUCGUGAUUUAGCUGUCAGACUUCUGCCAGCUUUUGAGAACACCGGCACAGGAAUCCCAUAUCCUCGGGUGAAUCUGAAGACUGGAGUGCCACCCAACAGUGUGAAUGAAACCUGCACUGCUGGUGCCGGCUCUUUGUUGGUAGAAUUUGGAAUCCUGAGUCGGCUUCUUGGCGAUUCAACCUUUGAGUGGGUAGCACGGAGAGCCGUCCGGGCUCUCUGGAACCUGAGAAGCAAUGUGACCGGAUUAUUAGGUAACGUUGUAAAUAUCCAGACAGGCCAAUGGGUUGGCAAGCAAAGUGGACUGGGAGCUGGGAUGGAUUCCUUCUAUGAGUAUCUGCUGAAGUCUUAUAUUCUUUUUGGUGAAAAGGAAGACUUCAAAAUGUUUAAUGCUGCUUAUGCGAGCAUCCAAAGCCAUCUACGACGAGGCCGGGAAGCUUGUAAUGAAGGUGAAGGAGAUCCACCGCUCUAUGUUAAUGUGAACAUGUUUAACGGACAGAUAAUGAAUACAUGGAUAGACUCGCUUCAGGCUUUCUUUCCAGGCCUUCAGGUGUUAAGUGGUGAUAUAGAAAAUGCAAUUUGCCUUCACGCCUUUUAUUAUGCCAUAUGGAAACGCUUUGGUGCCCUCCCUGAGAGAUAUAACUGGCAGCUGCAGGCACCAGAUGUGCUGUUCUAUCCUCUAAGGCCUGAGCUGGUGGAAUCCACUUAUCUUCUGUAUCAGGCCACUAAAAAUCCCUUCUAUCUCCAUGUGGGAAUGGAUAUUCUUGAGAGCCUUGAAAAGUACACCAAAGUGAGGUGUGGGUAUGCCACACUGCAUCACGUCAUUGAAAAGUCAAAAGAAGAUCGGAUGGAGAGCUUCUUCCUUAGUGAGACUUGUAAAUAUUUGUAUCUGCUGUUUGAUGAAGAUAACCCUUUGCACAAAUCUGAGAACAAAUUCAUCUUCACCACAGAAGGGCAUGUGGUGCCAAUCGACAAGAGGUUCAGGGAAAGGUUGUGGAACGAUGUGUUCCCUAAGGAAGACUCAUCUGAUGAACUGGGAACACAAGAUUUAAGGCCAGCUAAUUCCAGCUCAAAAUGUAACCGAAUUCCCGAAGAGCGGAAGUACUUCUUGCCUUUGAAGAGUGUGUACAUGAGACAGAUUGAUCAAAUGGUAGGAUUGCUUUGACAUGAAAGAAGCUGGCAUUGACGGAACAAGAAUCGAGUGUCCAACCUUCAUCUGUGAAUGGGAACCUCAAGCAGCAAAAACUGCAGCCCUGUGCUUUGUAAAGUAUUGCUGAUGAGCCAAGUUAAAUCAGCAUCCUCUUUAAAUGUGUUUUGUAAAGUCCUGCUUCACAUGGAAAGUAUUUAAAAAGGUGGGCUGUGCUUUACAGAAGUGUAAGGCCUUAGCUGUUCAUUCCAUUAUUUUUUUGUAAGUUGCAGCAGAUGCAAAGCAGUAUUUAGGUUUAAAAAAAAAAUACAGAGAUGAAUGCUGUCUGGAGUUCAUUGGUUGUUUCUUUUUGCAUGGAGCAUAUUUUGGACUAAACAUCAAUUAUGUUUCUAUCUCUAAAAAAAAUGCCUAGUUUUUGUCCUUUUUGUUUAUGUCAGUUUUCAGCUAUGUUUUAUAAUCUUCAUGCCAAACUUAAAGACAAGUGUAAUGCACAUAAAAGAUUUGGGUCUACUUGUAAGUGAGGCACUUGAAAUUCUGCACGGUAAAAAGCUAACAUUGAAAUCUUUUUACUCAAGCACUCCUCACCCCUUUGUAAGAACAAAAUCCUUGAUUUGUGGAAGCCUAAGAGCCAAAAAAAUGUUACCAAAGACCUGCAUUACCCAGCUUAUCUUUUUGGUGAGUGUUUAUGAUCUGGGUUAAACCUUAUUUAUUGUUGUUUCCUCCGAAUUAUAACGAAAACCAGAACAAAAUAUGACUCUUAUCGUCAGGCCAGUGUUUCAUCCACAAAAUGGAUUAUACAGAAAUGCUACUUUUUAAGUGUGUGUAUCCAUUUGUUUUGUAUCUGUGUUAACUGAUUUUAUAGAAAUACUUGAUUAUCACAAAAAAAGCAGGUUGUCUUUCUUUUUCACAUUUCUAAAGGUAUCUGUCAUUUAAUUACCUGGCAGAUUUUAGGAAAUUACGAUUUUUUUAUGUCUUGUAUUGUUUACUAAAAAUAAUUUCUUUUGGCCGUUUUAGACAAGACGGGUCACUGUGAUCUCUGGUGUCUUCCAAAUCAAGAUUUAAUGAGGUCAUGUGCAUGCUGGUUUUUUUUUUUUUUUCAUUUAUUUUUUUUAAUAUAAUUUAAAAUAAGAGUUGUAGUGGUAUUUAUUAUAGUUCUUGCAACUGAUGAGCUGCUGUAACUAUAAGACUCUCUGUCCUCUUUUAAAAUAAAAAGAUUUAAUAGCUUUAUAGUGACAGAGUGACGUAACCAAGCCACUAACUUAAUUUUGCCCCUGUUAUCUAUUUUCUUCAUUUUCGUUUGUUGCUGCUUUCCUGGUUUCGAUUUUCUGUUAGAAUUUUUGUCUCCUAGUUUGUUCCAGCAGAUGUCCAGUUGUCUUCCUGCCUGCCAUGUGGCCUCCUUUACACUUAUUGCAUAUCUUAUUUUGCCUUUUGUUUUCGUGCCUUGACGGAUGUCUUACAGAUCUUUUCCUGCCCACACAUGCACUCUUAGGAAACGUAACCGACAUGUAAUAUAAUUGUGUGUUGAAAUUGUUCACUGUGCUGUCACAUGAAAUCCCCAUUUUUUUUUUCUUCAUCCUUUCUGUAAAUAGAUAAGCAGAGCAGAAAGAUAUCUUGGGGGCAUUGUAGAUAAAUUUGAACAAGAUUGCAAUGAGAAAAGCCACCACGAGAAUGUGCGAGGCACCCGUUGAAGCUUUGCAUAGAGAGUCGUGUUAAGUGUCUGCCACUUCAUGUAGUUGUUGCCCUCUGAAAGCCAUUGACUAAUGUGUUUUCCUCCCUUUUUCCAUUUUCAUUAUUCUCAGUCGUGAAAGGAAUUUUGUUUAUUGCUGCUCCAAUAUCCUCCCUGACCUCAAGUUCCUAUUAGAUUGCUACAGCAGAUACUUAGGAUUUGUCUGCCUGAGUCGUCGUAUGUGCAACACGGUAAAUGUUUAGGCUCACCUUGUGGCACUUGUAAAGUGUGUUUUUAGUAGUUCACUUAACUAAUAGAAAUGCGUUGAUUGCUUUUGCAUACUGCCUUUUAAAAAGUGCACGUCUUAGAAAAACAUUUUGUUGACAGCGAGUCGUGCAGUGUCACUGUUCUCUUUGCAGAUGGCAGCCCAUGCUUUAGUGAACCCACUGAGUGUGUCACAGUAUUCUCUUAAGUAUUGUCGUUCUUCCUGCUGCAUUAACGCCCUUCCCGGCAGGAUAAAACCUUUACGUUUGCAGCAUCGUUUUUUUGUAUUACAGCUCAAUUCUUUGAUGUUGGUUGCCUACAUAACAUGAAACAUGCGUUGUUAUCCAUUUAAGUUGGUAUUUUAUAGUGUGCUUCCAUUUUAAUCAAGUCUUGUACUUUGGGUUUCAGAGACCUUUAAAGUUCGCUCUUUGUAAUCACAAAUCACUGAUUCGAUUGAUAGUCAUCCUUGUGGUCGAUGACACACACCUUUUUUUUCUUUUUAAUUAUUAUUUUGCAGUCAAGUUAAUA